AUGAAGGUGAUGUUGAGUACUCUCCUCGAAUCAUAUGGCGUCAGAAAGGACAAGACGAGCGAUGGAAUUGAUAUUGAUGUUGAGGCCAAGAAAUGGUGCGAGGAGUUUGGUGAGGAGUCUGGUAAGGAUAUUGAAAAGAGGGCUCGUGAUGCGAUGCCUGAUUAUGAAUUCUUGAAAAGUAAGCGGAUGCUUCCAGUAACGAAGUAAGAACAUUCGCCUUGACGGCUCGAAAGGGCAUGGCUUCUUGGAUAUAACUUCCGAUAUGAACCUCACACUUUGAGUGAACUUUGUAAAGUUACAAAAAGGUUCAUAUCAAUCACAAAAAUUAUCUCUCAAUCCAGUAACCCAGUUUUGACUAGCGAAAUUUAGCGUAUUGAUUCAGAUCUCCUUUUGACGACCACCCCUUAGCUUUUUGAUUAACCCGAAAAUCAUAGACCACACGGGUAACACAAAUGAGACUCUCUAA